GUCGCCGCAUCCACCGCUCGCGUCCAUCUCAAUAAAGAUCUCGAACCCCUUCCAGACGUCUUUUCGAUUACAUAUACCACCGCAAACAUGGUGUCCGAACUCUGCCCCGUCUAUGCUCCCUUUUUCGGCGCGAUGGGCUGCACGUCAGCCAUCGUCUUCGCGUGUUUCGGCGCUGCCUACGGAACCGCCAAGGCUGGUGUCGGUGUCUCCGCUAUGGGUGUCCUUCGCCCUGACCUGAUCGUCAAGAACAUCAUUCCCGUCGUCAUGGCGGGUAUUAUUGGUAUCUACGGACUCGUCGUGUCCGUGCUUAUCUCCAACGGCUUGAAGCAGGAUUCUUCGCUGUUCGCCAACUUCAUCCAGCUCGGCGCUGGUCUUGCCGUCGGCCUGUCGGGUAUGGCUGCUGGUUUCGCCAUCGGUAUUGUUGGUGACGCUGGUGUACGAGGAACUGCCCAGCAGCCCAGGUUGUUCGUCGGAAUGAUCCUGAUUCUCAUUUUCGCUGAAGUCUUGGGUCUUUACGGACUCAUCGUUGCCCUGCUCAUGAACUCCAAGGCUGGCGAGGACACCUGCUAGACGAUUACGCAGCCCACGAUUGCAGACGCGAUACGACAACAUUGAUCUGCAACAGACAAAGAUCGGCAUCGAUACAUCAAGUGUGACGAUAUGAUUUACUUUCAUGCCGCGCAUAGUCACAUGCGCGGCAUGCUGUACGUCUACUAUGUGUGUCUUUUUUGAAAGAAUGGACAAGGAAUGCUCCCAUAGCAAGGGAGCGAAAGGCGGUGUAUAAUGGCACGGGUUGACGUGCACUUGGCAAUCCAUUUGGCGGCGUGUAUUCUAGGGUUAUCAAUUUCAUUUUGCGCUUGUAAACGAAAUGCAUGUUGUCUUUUUUU